AUGGAUAUUGACACCAAGAUCAAGGCGUACAGAUUCGUCGCCUAUUCGGCUGUCGUUUUUUCGGUCAUCGCUGUUUUGUCGGUGAGUUUCGGAAGAGUUUAGCCUAUUCAAAAGGGCGUGUAAAUAACCCCGUAAAAUUUUUUGGCAAUUUGAGAAAAUCCCUUGGGAGUUUUACUAAUUAAAAAGUACGGUAACUCAUGAGAUUUUUUAAAAUCUAUUUUUUCAAGGUAUGCAUCACUCUUCCAAUCGUCUAUAACUACGUUCACGCCGUUCGUCGUCAACUUCAUAACGAAGCUUUGACAUGCAAGGGAUCUCUCAAGGAUGUUUGGGCUGAUGUUCACAAUCUUCGUCUUGAUGCCGCCACUUCUAACCGUACCGCCCGUGCCGUUCGUUACGGUCGCGACGCGGUUGCCGGAAACGGACCAAACUUCGACAGUGGUUGCGAGGGAUGUUGUCAACCAGGACCUCAAGGAGCUCCGGGAGCACCAGGAAAACCAGGACGUCCAGGAAAGCCAGGAGCACCUGGAUUCCCAGGAAACCCAGGAAAAGCGCCACAAAAGCCUUGCGAACAAGUCACCCCACCACCAUGCAAGCCAUGUCCACAAGGACCACCAGGAGCUCCAGGAACUCCAGGAGAGCAAGGAGAUAAGGGAGAGGCCGGAGCACCAGGACAACCAGGACAAGACGCCGCUCCAGGAGAGCAAGGACCAAAGGGACCAAAUGGAGCACCAGGAAAGCCAGGAGCACCAGGAACUCCAGGAGACGAAGGAUUGCCAGCAGUUUGCGAACCAGUUCAAAAGGGAGAACCAGGACCAACCGGAGAGCCAGGAACACAAGGACCAACCGGACCACCAGGACAACCAGGAAACGACGGAGCUCCAGGACAACCAGGACCAAAGGGACCACCAGGACCAGACGGAAAGCCAGGAGCUGACGGAAAUCCAGGACAACCAGGACCAGUCGGACCACCAGGAACUCCAGGAGAGAGAGGAAUCUGUCCAAAAUACUGCGCUAUUGAUGGAGGAAUCUUCUUCGAGGAUGGAACUCGUCGUUAA